AAUCAAGUUACUAUAAGAGUCAAAAGCCCAUCCCAAAUGCUAUGUAACACAUUUGUUAGCGUGACAUUUAUAAUAUAUACGCUGGAUUAUACAUCUAUAAAGGCAUUCCAUUUAUUGAAUAGUUGGGUGCGUUCUCAAGUCAAUGUUAAUUCUUGCCUCUUCUUUCGUUGCGUCAUGAUGAUGGAUUAUCAUCCCGAAAACGACCCAUCAACCCAUUCAUUGCUUACGGCGUAGAAUUUCUUCUCACAAAAUCUAUCUUCCUCCUUAUCCUUCCAAUUUCAAUCUCAAUCUCAAUCAUCAAAUCAUUAAGCUUCUGCUACACCUAUAACCAAGGACGCUCGCAUGGCCCAUCAACGUUUGCUCACUCUCUGACACCCUAUCGCCAUGGAAACCGGGCGAAACGAAACACCCUUUUUGGUUUUUCGUUUUGUCUCUAAAUUUUUAUUAUGCGCCAUUUCUGGAACUCUUACGGCAUGUUUUGCCAUUGCUGGGGCACUAACAGGAGCUAUUGCUGGUGCUUUAGCAGCUAAGGCAACAAAGAGUGGUUUUCUCCGGGGAGUUUCGUUGGGAGCCAUUGCCGGGGCUAUACUCUCGGUUGAGGUAUUGGAAGCUUCCCGUGCGUACUGGUGUAUGGAGCAAACUGGUUCACGAGGAACGUCAUCUAUGGCAGAUUUCAUAGAGGAACUUGUUCGUGGAAGGCUUGUAGAAGAAUCGCUUACACCUGCUAUUUUAACUGCUUACAAUUUGCAAUUUGAGCAGGUUGGAAUUGCUAAUAACACUGGUUAUGACGAGAUUCAUGAUGUUCAUAGCUUAGUAGCAGCAUCCAGAGGAUUGCCAGGGGAUACAUUGAGUAAGCUACCGCACCAUACGAUCUUGAAGGGCACAAAGGCAGAGAAUACUUUGUGUGCAAUAUGUUUACAGGAUAUGGAAGUAGGUGAAGUUGCAAGAAGCUUACCUCGUUGUUACCAUACGUUUCACUUGAUAUGUGUGGAUAAGUGGCUUCUGAAGAAUGAUUCAUGUCCUAUUUGCAGACAGAAUGUGUAGUUUUUACCUUUGUAUUAUUUUGUGUGUAUAUUUAUGGGCAGAUAUGUUGCAUUAUUAGCUGUUUAUAUAUAUGCAAACUUUGUGUACAGUUGAUGUUUUCAUUUUGUAAUCUAGUCCCAAUAAUGUUAUGUUGGUAGAAAA